AUGCUAGAUAGAAUCAUACUGGAUUCUUUUGAUCCUCGCUCUCAAUCAGCUGAUCAGAGAAAGAUUUCCCUACUGAACAAUGCUUUGUCUCAGUUCAAAAAGGAAGCCCUGAAGAAAAGAGAGGUUUGGUCUCACAGUCAAUCAUUUCACAGAGAUGAGAAUGUAAAUGAUACUUCUGUGAUAGUUGAUGAAGAAGAAGAUACUUUUGAUGGAACUGUGCUACAUUUUCAUGACAUCACACCUUUCAGUGAUGUACCUGAUGCUAAUCUCCUCCAGAGCAAGUUGACUUUCAAAAAUAAAGAAUCAGAGUUUUGGAUGGGGAACACUGUUGACCUGUGCACACUGCCUUUACCAAGACGUUAUAGAGGUGUCUCUUGUACUGCAUUGUCUCCUGAUAACAGCCUUAUUGCUCUGGGAACAGUUCAAGGAGACAUUGUGAUCUGGGAUUUAGCUACCUUUCCACCACGCAUAUUGAGAAGCAGCCGUGGUAAUAACUCUGCUGUUGUUCAACUUCACUGGAGUUUUGACUCUUCACAAGUGGUUAGUCUAAAUGAUUAUGGUGCCAUCACACUAUGGUCGCUUGGCAACACGAUAUCCAUACCUUACGAAGUGAAAUCAUUUGAGCCUUUGGAGGUUAAUAUUGGUUUUAAACCUUCUGCUCUAAUUCCAUUGUUGACUCUAGAGCGAAGAGACUUUCUGUUCACAAAAGGACCAUUUUCAGAUUCCAGAGAUUUAUCAAGUGAAGUAACGACAGUAGCUUUUCAUCCUUCAGCAACACUUCUGGGAAGGCAAGCAUUUUUGAUGGUGGGGUUCAGUAAUGGGAACAUUUUGAAGCUUAGAUUCAACAAAAUGCUGUCAAUCAUGUCCUUUCCACAGGUUCAACCAGCCAAUGGUAUAACACAUAAGAUUGGUAAAGAUGUUGAUGCUGAACUAUUUAAAGAACAUUGUCACAAGAUUGUGCUUAUAACAUUUGUGAACAACAUUUCACCUAUGGUAACUGUUGAUGAAAAAGGAUUUAUGAACAUAUGGGAAUACUCCAGUGAAUGCUUAACUGGAUUUGGCUGGUUUGUUCCCAGCACUAAGUACAGGCUGAACAUGGUGGAGAUGACAUACGAGCCUGUUCUUGGAACACAGGAGAAAGAAGAAUUCACAGAUGAAGUGAAAGGUCCAAAGCAUAAACACCAUCGUUUGAGGUAAAAGUGUUUCCUGUCUCAGGCUGAAGUUUUUACUUUAAGCCUGUUUGUUCAAAGGAUGGAUAACACUAUCCAAUGGAUGAAUUGCUAUCCAGCAGAUAAAUAUUAACAAAUGAUACUGUGCUAUCCAACCAGAUAGAGAAUUACUGGUAUCCAGUGGAUAGUGUUAUUGACCCUCUCUUGAUAUAGACACAUGUCUGGCAUGUGUGUGCACCAAAAAUUACAGGUGAUUUGUUUGAUAUACCACUGAAUACUUCUAUAAAAUGUUGUAUGUUAUCUACAAUAUAGUGAUUGCCUGUAAUACAGUCACUAUUGGUGAUGUGGGCUGAGUGAAAAUGAAAAAGUACACCAUGUUUUACUGAAAAAUGAAGAAAUGUUCAUUUACUUAGCAUAAAUUUAUUAGGACAUUUUGGUUAUUAUCAUUCAAAUUUUUGAGCAUGCCAAGUUUAAAUAAUUUUUUUAAUUUUUUUAGGCAGAAAAUGGUUCAAAAUCGUAUAAAGACACAGAAGUACAUCAAUUCUCUUCGUCUGGAAAAACCAUGGCAGACUCAAGAGAAGGACAACAAGGUUACCAAAAUAUUUGCACCAAAAAAUGUUCCUGAAUCAGGAUCAACUUUCCACCAUGUGACUUAUUAUCAGAGGUCAGGCCAGUUGGCAUCUUAUGUCACCAAGGUUUACAAGCCAUUGCAAAUUCCAUGUUCAAAGUUCAUCUUAUCCAAACAAAACUUUGCAGGCACCAGACUUGUGUUCAUGCUUCUGUUUCCAGUGGUAGAACCAAAGGAAGCCCAUGUUUCUCUGGUUAUCAUCAAUCUUGAACCAACAGUGUCUGUUAGUAAGAAUUACAUGCACAUUGCUCUGGACAAAGAUGAUUAUGAAAGAUGUCUUUCUGGAAGUACCUGCUCUUUUGGAAUCUCUCAUGCUAUAGAUGCCACAGGAAGUGAGUACAUUGUGGCAAAUGUGAAUGGAAAUUUAUUUGCAGUUUCCAUGACAACAGGAAAUGAAGUUAUGGCAGAAACUCAGGAGGGAUGGGUGGGUUGCCAUCUUAGUCUCAAGAAAGGUCAAGUACCUCCAACUUCCAAGGUAGAAGUUGCUAGCACAUCCAAAGGUCUCCAAGUGUUGUUGUAUACCCACACACUAAAUUCUGCAGUUUUACUGCAGGUGAGAGAUGAGAACACCCAAGAGCAACGUAAACAAACAUGGAUUGCUUUCCAGCAGUGGAUACAUGUUGGCACUAAGAAUACUGAAUGUGUUCCAGUCACUUUGCACACAAUAAGGAAACAUGAUUGGACCUUUGAGGGACACUCAGAUGUGUACAUUCAGUGUUUCAUGGAGUCUUUGGUUCUUGACUUGAUUGAUGGCCAGUCCAAAUAGCUGAGGGUUCAUUUACCAGUGAACAACAACAAAGGUUUCAUGCUGAAAACUUUCAGAUUCCAUUUUUGAGAAAGAGUUUUCAGGAAACACCACAAGAUGCUGACCAAGGGAACAUGUCUUCCUGGCAUGACAGGCAGUCAGUGGUGUCAACACUGUGGGAAUAGACUCAGUUUUAAUAGCUGAAAUUUAGAUGUAGGAAGUAGUUUUGUAAUAUUCUUGCCAUAAUUCGCAUAUGUAUAAAUCUUGAUUUCCUAAGUUUUGAUCCGCAUGUACAAGCCGAAGCAAUUUGGUUGCAUCCAAUUUGUCAGAAUGACCCAUUUUACGAUCUACAUGUACAUGAAAAAUGUAUAUGAAUCUCAUUUACUACAAAGGCUUCUGUGGCUGGUGCUGUAGAAUUUUCAGCUAUAAUGAGUCCAGCAAAUAAAACCAUGCCUGUUUUUUCAUAAAUGUUUGUUGUUUGUCUGUUGAUGGCACCAAACAAAUUGAUGAAGAUGACUGUAGAUCUAGAUUUUUUUAAUAAAUAUUUGAAGAAUAAAAGUGACUC